CCAGUUGGUAAGUCUGAUUCCAUAGCACCGUAUUGUUUGUGAAUAAAUAAUAAAAUUCUAAAAAGUUACACUUUUGAAUAGUUGUGUAAAAGAUAGAAAUGAAAAAUUUUUCCAACAUCAGAAAUAGGAAGAAACCAGAUUAUUUUAAUAUAAGAUUUAAUGUAUCAUAAUCAAGAAAUGGAAUACAAUUGCAAAGUAAAUUGCAAUGAAGCAUUGGAAGAGAUCGACCAGAAUAUUGUCAAAAUUGAGUUGAAAUGUGAACAAAAUUUUGACACUGUAGCAGUUAAUUUAUCUCCUUCAAUAGAGGAAUAUAUGGUUUUGCCGAAACGUAGAGGUAGACGUAGAAAGACAUCAUUAGAACUCAUCAAAUUGCAGUCUUCAAAGUUAAAUUACUCUACUGCAGACUUAAAAUCAGGAUUGUGGAAGGAUCGCUUCCGCCCAAUACGACCAAAACUUUCACCAUCAAAAUCUUUAUCAUUUGGUGCCUCACCAUUAAAACAUAAGUCAUUUGGAAUGUCAUCUCCGUCGAAUAUGCCCAUCUUAACACUAAAUGUGAGUGAGCCAAGUAAGGAUAAAACUUUGGAUAGUCCCAGUAAAACAAAUCAUUGCAUCAAAAUAAACAAUGUUGAUACCAGAGGUAUUAUAUCAACAAUUAAGGAAUGCAAAAUUAACAAAAAUGCAAGUUUGAAUACUAUGGCCAGCAGUAAAGAUUUGCAUAAUAUUAAGAUAACAUCUAUAUCUCAUAAAAAUAGUAUCGAAUUAUUUUUUGCAAGUAUGGCGCAGACUGUGUUAAAUUUACCUAGGGAAGUACAAGCAGAUAUUAAAAUGCAGAUCUGUAAGAUUGUUACUAUGGCAGAGAUAAAGUAUUCUGGAUUACAGAUCAAAAGUUGAUUAAACUUUGAAAACUGAUAAUCUAUUGUUAUCUAUCAAGUUGGAAUUUGUGCAGAUUUUUAUUAUAUACGUCAGAUUUUAUGAAAAAAUAAUUGAAUAUAUAAUUUGAAAUUGAUAUAAUAUAUAUGAACAAUUGGUAUGAUGAUAUAUAUAUAUAUACACAUACACACACACAUACACACACACACACACACAAAGCGAAGUUAAUAAGGAAAAAGGAAGAGAAUAUUUAUGAAUAUUCAUGAAUAGAAAGAAUAUUCGCUAAAUUAAAUUGAAUUAUAUCUUUAUAUAUGUGUAUUGAUUCUGUAUGUGCUCUUAUAUUUUUAGAUCAUAAUUUCAAUUUACAUUAUGUGUUAUACAUUGAUAUUAAAAGUGUAGCAAGCAAUUUGUAUCGAAAAAAAGCGGCAAAAAAUAUAGAUUUUAUUAUAUUUAUACACGUAAUCAACAAAAAUUAUAUUAGGUCAUACAAUUUUCUAUGACACUCCGAUAAAUUUUUGAAAAUACAAUUAAGAAAUAUGUUCAUAAAUAAAAAUAUGUUUAUAAAAGUUUAUGUUUAUAAAAGUAUAUAGUUUUGUAAAAAGGUACUAUCGCAUAAUUAAAUGCGUAGUAUAACAUUGUAAACAAAUGUUGAUAUAUAUUGUAAAGAAAUUAAUUUGUUAGAAAUUAUUUGCAUGCACAAAUAUCAUAAUUAUCUCUUUGAAAACUUGUAUUGAUGUUAAUUAAUUCUUACUGCAUUAAAUAGUGUAAAGAUACAUGUAUAAUAUUAAAUGCAAAAGGAAAAUAAUAAAUAUAUUUAAGAUUUUUAAUAUAAAUUAAUCUUUUGCAAUCCUAUAAAAAUACAUGGUAAUGAAAAUACCAGAAAUAUAGCUAUAAAAUAAAAAAGAACUCAAUGUAUAUGAUCCUCUAAAAAGACAAAUUGAUUUACUUUAAUUUUCGUAAAUUUAAUUUUAGUACCAGUGCGCAUGAUUAAAAUGUCUGAUACUAAAAUAUAGUGCAGAAUUGAUCAGUUCAGCUUUUAGGACUCAUAUAUGUUUUGAAAAAAAUUAUGAGUCUACAUUUAUACUUAAAGCAGUAUAAAUAUCAAAAUAAAAAAAACAAUGCCACUGCUCACAGCCACGAAUUUGCUUUUACUUUUAGUAAAGAAAAGAAAUAUGUUCUAACAUAUCAAUAGUUAUAUACUGUGGAAUUUUACAUUGUAUAUAUAAGAAAAGCUUUAAAAUAAAUAACAUUAAUUGCUUCCUCAUAAAAUUAAAUUAUAGGAUAUAUAAAGAAUAAACUAAGAUGAUUUAUGUCUCUUAAAAAAAGUACUAAAAUUAUUUUUAAUUGUUAUCUUAUUUAAGUCACAAACACGUUGGAUGAGUACAACUACGUUCAUGUUAUAUAAACAAAUAUAAAUUCGAUAAAAUAAUCAAUGCUGUUUUUUUUUUUCGUUCGAUAUAAAAUCACUGAAAAAUUAUUUAUUAUAACAUAAUGCAUUAAAAAUGGCAAUUGUGCAUUAAACUGUUAACAUAUUAUUGAUUUCAACCGAGUUUAGGUUGCGCAUUUUUUUUUUCAUGUUUAUUACAGAUAUAUUGUGACAAGUGCAUUGAAGCUAACAUAUUUAUGUAUAAUGCACAUAUUACAAACUAUCAAUCCCAUACAUAAUGACAAUUAUCUAAAUGAUUCGUGCACAUACAAUACAUUAUAUAUAAUUGCAGUGUACUAUUAAUAUCUAUUGAAGUAUAAAAGCGUGACGCCAUA